AAAAACAAAAAACAAUCAUGAUAAAGUUAUAUAAGGCUUGGUCGCUGGCCGGUGGUGUGGCGUGUGCGAACAAGCCAAAAAUGGCGAAUUCCAAUCUUCCCGGUGGCCAAUCGCCAGUCGACGCUGGAAUCCCACUUUUACAAUACAGCAGCAGCAGCGUUGUUACUGGCUGUGUCGACUACAAUGGCAGCCCCGUCUUCAGGUCCAACUCCGGCGGAUGGAAAUCUGCAUCUUUCAUCAUAGCUGUGGAAGUUGCUGAGAGGUUUGCGUACUAUGGAAUUGCUAACAAUUUAAUAACCUAUCUGACAGGGCCACUUGGCCUGUCCAUGGCUGUUGCUGCCGAGAACGUGAACGCCUGGUCUGGGGUCGGUUCGCUGCUGCCACUUUUAGGUGCAUUUGUAGCUGAUUCUUUUCUUGGGCGUUAUCGGACAAUUCUUCUUUCUUCUGCAAUCUAUAUUUUGGGACUCGGAUUGUUGACCCUAUCUGCCAUGCUUCCUUCUCUCAGCACUUCAGGAUGUCUAAACAUCAAUUCCAACACAUUAUGUUCUACUCAAAAUCAAGUAGUCUUAUUCUUUUUCGCACUUUACCUAGUUGCAGUUGGGCAGGGUGGGCACAAGCCGUGCGUUCAGGCUUUUGGUGCAGAUCAGUUUGAUAAACAAGACCCCGAGGAGUCCAAGGCCAGAAGCUCCUUCUUCAACUGGUGGUUUUUUGGUUUAUCUGCUGGUUUCUUAAUAAUGAUCCCUGCUUUAUUCUAUAUCCAGGACAACCUUAAUUGGGUUCUUGGAUUUGGAAUCCCCUGCAUUUCUAUGUUGGUUGCACUAGUCAUAUUCUUGCUUGGAACUAAGACUUACCGAUAUAGUGACAAAAGGGAUGAGAAAAGCCCAUUCAUGAGAAUUGGCCGGGUUUUUGUUCUGGCAGCUAAGAAUUGGCAAGCUACUUCAUCAGCAAUGGGUGAUGAAGAGGAAGAAGCUAGUGGAACCCUGCUUCACCAAAGUUCCAAGCAAUUCAAAUUCCUCAAUAAAGCCUUGAUUGCAACGGAUGGUUCGAAGGACUAUGGGAAUGUUUGUAGCAUUGGUGAUGUUGAAGAAGCAAAGGCAGUGCUGAGGCUUGUUCCCAUAUGGGCUGCAAGCUUGGUAUAUGCUAUUGUAUUUGCUCAGUCCCCAACUUUCUUUACCAAGCAAGGGGAGACUAUGGACCGAACAAUUACACCAAACUUCAGUAUACCAGCUGCUUCUCUCCAAUGCUUCAGCAGCCUCGGCAUCGUCCUCUCAGUUCCCAUCUAUGACCGCAUAUUUGUUCCUCUAGCAAGAGCUUUGACUAGGAACCCUGCUGGAAUUACAAUGCUUCAGAGAAUUGGAACCGGGAUUCUCUUAUCUGCUAUAUCAAUGGUAAUUUCAGCGCUAGUUGAGAUGCAGAGAUUAAAAACUGCUCGAGAAUAUGGGCUAGUAGAUAAGCCAAAGGCAAUGGUUCCAAUGAGUGUUUGGUGGUUGGUUCCUCAGUAUGCCCUACUUGGUGUGUCUGAUGUGUUCACCAUGGUUGGUCUUCAAGAGUUUUUCUAUGAUCAAGUUCCAGAUGAACUAAGGAGUGUGGGCCUUUCACUUUACCUGGGUAUCUUUGGUGUUGGAAGCUUCUUGAGCAGCCUGCUUGUCUCCACCAUUGAGAAAGCAACUGGUGGGAAUGGCCGAGAUAGCUGGUUUGCAGAUAAUCUCAACAGGGCACAUCUGGAUUACUUUUAUUGGCUACUUGCAGGACUCAGUGCCGUACAAUUGGCUGCUUACUUGUAUUUUGCAAAAUGCUACAUCUAUAACAGGACAAGCACAUUACGAUGGCGUUUGGAACGAUAGAAGUGAGAGUACUUUCUUUAUAAUGUGCUUAAUUAAAUUAAAUUAUAAUAUUUGUUUUGUAAUAGAUCACUGUAAUGUAAGAUUGCAAUACAAUCAUAUUACAGUUACAACCAAAGGAUGUAAUGUGAUUGCAAUUCAAAAUCAAUACAAUCACAUUAUAUUACAUUGU